GGGGGGGGGGGGGGGGGGGGGGGGGGGGGGGGGGGGGGGGGGGGGGGGGGGGGGGGGGGGGGGGGGGGGGGGGGGGGGGGGGGGGGGGGGGGGGGGGGGGGGGGGGGGGGGGGGGGGGGGGGGAAACCCGGGGGGAAAAAGGGGGGGGGGGGGGGGAAAAGGGGGGGGGGGGGAAAA